CUCACGCUUCACGCGAUCAAACUUGGCAACUGUCAUUGAAAUCCCCGACAGCACUUGCGUGUCUGCAAAUUAUCAAUCCGUCGCUGAUUUCAAAUAAUUGACUAGAAACUGAAGGAAACAUAUUGUGAACUCGCGAAGUGUUCUCGUGGCGGUGCAGGUGGUCGAGAUUGAGUGUGUGGAUGCAUUAGCAACGGGAAAAAUGUCGCAUUUGAAACAAAUGCAACCACAUUAUGAGGAGCUGAAUGUCAUCGGAACCGGCGCCUAUGGAACUGUGUAUCGAGCCCGUGAUCUGAAAAACCCAGGACAUAUCGUUGCGUUGAAAAAGGUGCGAGUUCCACUGACCGACGAUGGAGUACCCAUGUCGACUCUGCGAGAAAUCGCGCUAUUAAAGCAACUGGACGCGUCCCAGCACCCUAACAUAGUCAAGUUAAUUGAAGUGUGUCAUGGUCAACGUAUUGAGCGUGAAAGUCAAUUAGUUAUAUUUCUAGUAUUCGAACAUUUAGAACAAGAUCUUUCCGAUUAUAUUGAUCGCUAUUCAAAAACUGGAGUUCCAAGAGUUGUAAUACAGCGUUUAUCCAAAGAACUCUUGACCGGAGUAGAUUUUCUACAUUCACAUCGAAUAAUCCAUAGAGACCUCAAGCCACAGAAUCUCUUGAUAUCGUCACAAGGACGAUUGAAAAUAGCCGAUUUUGGUUUAGCAAAAAUCUACGAUUUUGAGAUGAAAUUAACAUCAGUUGUAGUAACACUUUGGUAUAGAGCCCCUGAAGUUCUACUGGGACUUCCCUAUAAUAGUGCUGUUGAUGUUUGGAGUGCUGGAUGUAUUAUUGCUGAAAUGUUUGCAGCGAAGGCUCUGUUUCCAGGAUCAUCAGAAGGAAAUCAAUUAGAUAGAAUCUUUGAAUUGACUGGAACACCAAGUUCUAAACAGUGGCCAUCUAACAUUUCAUUAACACGCGAAAAUUUCCCGCAUCGUACACCGAAGGAACCAAGGGAUCUUUGUCCGCAAUUAUGCGAAUAUUCAAAUGAUCUACUGAGUAAAAUGCUAGCGUUCGACCCUCGAUCCCGACCGUCAGCCCUGCUAUGUCUUAAACAUGAAUACUUCGAACAAGAACCGAUGUAAAAAUUUGAAUCGAUCCAUCAACCGAGUACUAACUGUAGUAAACACUUCAUACACGGAGUAGAAUUACAGUAACAUAAUAUAAACCCCUUAUGAUAGUUUAUAAGUCGAUAUUCAACCUAUUUGUAUUUAAGAAACAAAACGCUUUAUUACCUAUACAUAUUAUCUAUAUAUUUCAAACUAAAUGGCACAGAAGCUUCAUUAAAGGCGCACGACCUUCUGAAAAACCAAUGAAAGUCCUAUCGUAAAGUAGCACGCGUAAAUUGGUG